CCUUAUUUUUAAUCAUGAAGAAAAUGGAACCCCUGAGAGAUUUUAAACUAGGCAGUGACAUGAAAAAAAUUAUAUUUGAAAACAAUUACCCUAUUGACAGUGUGGAGAGAAUAGAUUAGAGGAAAGCAAAAGGAAAGGAAAAAGAACUAAGGUCCUCUUGAAUUGUCUGUGGCAGUAGGAUAUGGGAAAAAAUGACAUACUGGAUAAAUAAUAAAAGGUAGAAUAGGUAAGACUUGAUAAUUGGCUGAGUGUGGGGAGAAACAAGGACAAAGAUUACUACCUAAUUUAUGGCUUCAGGAGCUAGGAAUGAUGACCAUGAGGGACUGUUAUAGAUCAGAAGACAGGCCUGGGGUGUAAAGAAAGAUUUCAAAGUUAUCAAGCUAUUUUUAGAAGAAGAAAUCCUGGCAAUCUAUGAGAUCAUCAGAGAAGAGUGUGUAGCAGGAGAUGAGAGCUAAGCAUAGAAUACUUAGGAGGCCCAAGCAAGAGAAGCCCUAGAAAGAGACUAAGAAGAUGGGGCAGUGACUCAGUAACAUAUUCAGGAGAGAAUGGAGUACUAGAAACAACAGAGGAAAAAGUUACGAGGAAGUGGAAAUGGUCCACAGUACCAAAUCCUGUAGAUGUCAAAAUAAUAGAAAUAGAAUGUGUCUAUUGGAUCUAACAGUUAGAUACUCAAUGACCUUAAUGAGGGCUGUUUCUGUGACAGUUUAGUGGAGGAAAGAGGUAUAAAUUUGCAGAGGAUUGAGGAAUAAAUUUAAGGUGAAUUUAUUCAAUUAUAAAUUCCUUGAGGGCAGGGGCCAUAUCUUAUUCAUUGUUGUAUCCUGAGGGCUUAGUAAGUAAUUGGUACAUUUUAGAGUCUCAAAAAAUAUUGGUUAAAUGCAUGGAAUUAAAUGAGGGUGUGGUGCCAACAGACACAAAAGUUUCUUUGAGUUAGCAGUUGAUGCAUAAGGGAGAAAUAACAUGAUAGCUAGAGAGAAUUGAGAGCAUUUUUGCUUUUGUAUUAUCAUGGUUCUAUGCUCAAGGGGAUGAUAUGGUAUUGAGAGUAGGAUUGACAAUACAGCUCUUUUCCUCUCUGUCUGCUUGAGGAUCACCCGCCAUCAUGAAUGACUCGGUUACCAUCCGGACCAGGAAAUUCAUGACCAACCGACUACUUCAGCGGAAACAAAUGGUCAUCGAUGUUCUUCACCCUGGAAAGGCAACAGUACCUAAGACAGAAAUUCGGGAAAAACUAGCCAAAAUGUACAAGACUACACCAGAAGUCAUCUUUGUAUUUGGAUACAGAACCCAUUUUGGUGGUGGCAAGACAACUGGCUUUGGCAUGAUUUAUGACUCCUUGGAUUAUGCAAAGAAAAAUAAACCCAAACACAAACUUGCAAGACAUGGUCUGUAUGAGAAGAAAAAGACCUCCAGAAAACAGCGAAAGGAACGCAAGAACAGAAUGAAGAAAGUCAGGGGGACUGCAAAGGCCAAUGUUGGUGCUGGCAAAAAGAAGGAGUAAAGAUUCUUCAAUGACUUGAUGCGUGAUUGUGCAGAUUUA